GGACGCGAAGGCUAACCUGGCCAACGUGAGUUGGCACGCGUUUGUAAUUGUAAGGAGGUUUUUGCCGUUAUCGCCGGUUAUUUAACGAUUACGGAAAACAGGUCUCGGCUCGUGAGUCGUCUGUGAGCCUUCCGUUACAUUCCAUGUGCAUUUACACCGUGAGAUAGUACGGUCGAUGAAUACGGAGCAAGUCCUGGCAAUAUGGAGCAAUAUAUCAGAAAAGCGGCGUUAUUUGUGUUUACUCGGGAGUGCAUAAAGGAGUACUUCGACAAAUUUAAUUUUUUUCACGUGGGAUGCUUCAAGGCGACGUUGAGCAAAGUUUUAGGAUUGGGCAUCAUCGGAGGUUCUUUGCUGGUGAAGAUACCUCAAAUUGUGAAAAUCCUACAAAAUAAAAGUGGCGAGGGAAUCAAUAUUUUCAGCGUAUUGUUGGAUUUAUUCGCUAUCACCGCGAUGUCUUCCUACAGUUUCAGCAGUAGAUUUCCAUUUAGUGCCUGGGGAGAUGGAGUAUUUUUAGGAGUUCAGACUUUGAUCAUCGCGGUUCUAGUAAUGCACUAUAAUGGAGAGACAGCAAAAGCAACUGCAUUCCUGUCCGCUUAUAUAGCAGUGAUUUUUGCAGCUAAUAGUGGACUAACGCCUAUCCAUGUUCUCUGGGCAUGCCAAGCAGUGAAUAUACCCAUUGUUCUUAUAAGUAAGUUUAUACAAGCCUAUACAAAUUAUACCAAUGGAAAUACUGGCCAGUUAUCGGCGGUAACAUGUUUCAUGCUCUUCUUCGGUUCUCUCGCGAGAAUUUUUACUUCCAUUCAAGAAACGGGUGAUACAACUAUGAUAACGAUGUACGUGUGUUCCACUCUGGCAAACGGUAUGAUAGUGGCGCAGCUUCUUUACUACUGGAACGUGGACGUAAAGAGCAAAGGAAAGAUCAAGAAGAAGAGCUAGAGCGAAGGAAAUAGGAAUGUUUAUAGCGCGCGAUUGAUAAUCUACAUAAGCCAACAAUGUAAAAUAACGCGUGGCUGUAUAAAACUUUGCAUGAAUGAUAUUUUACGAAGACAACAACGUGAUGCUGAAGAAAAAAUGCUUGGAAAUCAUUUUCCAUAAGAAAUAAACUUUUGAGAAAAUUUGCAGGAAUAAUACCUAAUAUUAUAGAUAAUUUGGAACUGUAAUAGUUAUAAUAUUACUUUGCAGCCUGGAAGUGAACGUGGGAAUAAUGUUGGGGGGAUAAUUUUUAUUAAAAGAUAAGAAAUGACAAUAUGUUAUAAAAUCUCAUUUAUUAUGUAUACACAAGUAGAUAAGACUAGAUUAUCGUUGAAUGCAUUACCUCGGCAUGGUUAUUAUAAAUUUUUCCAACAUAAAACGAGAACGUUUUUUUUUAGUUAUUUUACAAGUUGUAAAAUAAAAGGUAUUUUGUACAUCUGCGUAAUAAUUUGUUAUUGCAAGUUCUCAAUAUGUAUUAUCACGCGCAUCAUUUAUAUAUAUUAAAUUAUUAUAUUGUUGA